AUGAGCCCCUGGCUGUUCCUGGUCCUGGCUCUCCUGGUGCUGGGCGAUGAUUGCUCUGCAACCCCCAGACCACGCCAGCCCACCGUUGUGGUCUUCCCCGGAGACCUGCGAACAGAUCUCACCAACAAGCAGCUGGCAGAGGAGUACCUGUACCGCUAUGGCUACACUCAAGUCGCGGAGCUGAGCGACGACAAGCAGUCCCUGAGCCGGGCGCUGCGGGUGAUGCAGAAACGCCUGUCUCUGCCGGAGACCGGGGAGCUGGACAGCACCACCCUGGCAGCCAUGCGCGCCCCGCGCUGCGGCGUCCCAGACGUGGGCAGGUUCCAGACCUUUGAGGGUGACCUCAAGUGGCACCACCAGAACCUCACGUACUGGAUCCAGAACUACUCGGAGGACCUGCCCCGCGACGUGAUCGACGACGCCUUCGCCCGCGCCUUCGCCGUCUGGAGCGCCGUGACGCCGCUCACCUUCACGCGCGUGUACGGCGUCGAGGCGGACAUCAUCAUCCAGUUUGGCGUCCGGGAACACGGAGACGGGUACCCCUUCGACGGGAAGGACGGGCUCCUGGCGCAUGCCUUUCCCCCGGGCCAGGGCAUCCAGGGCGACGCCCACUUCGACGACGAGGAGCUGUGGUCUCUGGGCAAGGGCGUAGUGGUCCCUACCUUCUUCGGGAACGCGGACGGCGCCCCCUGCCACUUCCCCUUCACCUUCGAGGGCCGCUCCUACUCCGCCUGCACCACGGACGGCCGCUCGGACAGCCAGCUCUGGUGUAGCACCACCGCGGACUACGACACGGACCGACGGUUCGGCUUCUGCCCCAGCGAGAGACUCUACACCGAGCACGGCAAUUCGGACGGCAAGCCCUGCGUGUUCCCCUUCACCUUCGAAGGCCGCUCCUACUCCGCCUGCACCACGGACGGCCGCUCGGACGGCUACCGCUGGUGCGCCACCACCGCCGACUAUGACCAGGACAAGCUGUACGGCUUCUGCCCGACCCGAGUGGACACGACGGUGAUCGGGGGCAACUCGGCCGGGGAGCUGUGCGUCUUCCCCUUCGUCUUCCUGGGCCAGGAGUACUCCACCUGCACCCGGGAGGGCCGCACCGAUGGGCGCCUCUGGUGCGCCACCACCCCCAACUUCGACAGCGACAAGAAGUGGGGUUUCUGCCCCGAUCAAGGAUACAGCCUGUUUCUUGUGGCUGCGCACGAGUUCGGCCACGCCCUGGGCUUAGACCACACCAGCGUGCCCGAGGCGCUCAUGUACCCCAUGUACAGCUACACCGAGAAGCCGCCCCUGCACGAGGACGACGUGAAGGGCAUCCAGCACCUGUAUGGCGGCCCUCGCCCUAAACCUGAACCACGGCCUCCAACUACUACACCUGAAACCCAGCCCACUGCUCCCCCGACGGUCUGCGCCACCGUCCGCCCCUCAGAGGGCCCCACUGCUGGCCCCACAGGCCCUCCUUCACCUGGCCCCACCAAUGCCCCCACUGCUGGCCCCACCGGUGCCCCCACUGCUGGCCCCACGGAUUCCCCCACGCGUGCCCCCACGGCUGGCCCUUCCGUGGCCCCUACAGAGUCUUUGGAUCCAGCGGACAAUGUUUGCAACGUGGACAUCUUCGACACCAUCGCAGAGAUAGGGAAUUACCUGCAUUUAUUCAAAGAUGGGAGGUACUGGCGAUUCUCGGAGGCCCAGGGCCGCCUGGUGCAGGGCCCCUUCCUGAUUAGGGACAAGUGGCCUGCGCUCCCUUCCAAGCUGGAUUCCGCCUUUGAGGAUCCGCAAAGCAAGAAGAUUUUCUUCUUCUCUGGGCGCCAAGUGUGGGUCUACACAGGCGCGACGGUGCUAGGCCCGAGGCGUCUGGACAAGCUGGGCUUCGGCCCGGAGGUGGCUCAGGUCACCGGGGCCCUGCCCCGCGGCGGGGGGAAGGUGCUGCUGUUCAGCAGACAGAACUUCUGGAGGUUUGACACGAAGUCGCAGAUGGUCGAUCCCAAGAGCGCCAGCCGUGUGGACCGGACGUUCCCCGGGGUGCCCACGAACAUGCACGACGUCUUCCUGUACCGAGAUAAAGCUUACUUCUGCCAGGACCGCUACUACUGGCGCAUGAAUUUACAGGAUGGGAUAAACCAGGUGGAAGAAGUGAACUAUGUGACCUAUGAUCUCCUGCAGUGCCCUGAGGCCUAG